UGUGCUGCCUAAUUGCUUCACUCUCCCUACUUACACCUCAUUAGUUUUGCUCUUUCAGAAAAGAAAAAAAAAUACAUUUCGUUUCCAAUGGCUUUGCGUGGACAUGAGUCUGAGUUUAUGAACCUAAGGGAAUGGGAUCGAAGAGCUCGAUUAAUCCGAGACAAACAGACUUCUAGAAGGUUUUCUGCUUCAUACGUUGGAAGCUUCCGAGAAGAUCAUCACAAGUCUUCUUCUACUAGAACAAACUUCAAUAACAUCUCUAGUACUGCCUCAUCUCCUGGCUACAAUAUUAAAGAAGAGAUUGAUCCAUCAACAUAUUCUUUCACCAAUGCGCUGAAGGCGUUACAAGCAAAGACAAUGUUCAAUAACAGAGAAUGGUUAACACAAGAAGGGUUUGCUUUGAACUCGAAGUGGAAUGAAGCAGAGAAAUAUAUUUGCAACCCAUUGUCUGGAGAAGUUCCAAUAGAGUGUUUGUCUUAUAAAACAUUAAGUUCUAGAUCUUUCAGAAGUCUGACCACCACCAUGUCUGCUCCUCUUCACUACCCUAAUCCCAAUCUAUUGACGAAUACUAUUGGUCAAAACAAACCCAAUAAUAAUCAUAACGUUAGAGUCAUUCACGAGGAUCUUUAUGCUCCUAAUCGUGUUCUUGUUCGAGCAGAAAAAAAAGUUAUAGUGCUGAAACGAGAUGUGGGUAUUCAGAGUACGUCGGUGGAUCUUAGCUCCGGUAGCCCUAGUCCGGCAAAAACGCCUCCGAUCAUGGAACGGUCUCUGAAACGACACGUGGAAGGUCAACAAGAGGAUUUGAAGUUGGAAGAUAAAGAAGAGAAGCAAGAGAAGAGUAAAGAAGAAGGAGAGGAAGAGAAGCAAGAGAUAAGUAAAGGAGAAGAAGAUAAUCAAGAGAUGAGAGGAGAAGAAGGAAAAAAGAAGCAGAAAAGGAGAGGAAGUGGAUGCUUCUCAUGGGUGAGAUCAAGACAAAGACAAGCAAGAAAAUCAAAGUACAUCUUCCCAGUUUGUGUUCCUCAUCUUGUCAAAGGUUGUUAAAAACCUCAAAGCCAAAAAAAAACGCACAAGAGAAUCAACCAACAAACAACAAUAAAGAAAUAAAAAAAUGUUGGCAAGAUUCUCCCGUUUCUCAUCUUUCACCACCUAUUUUAUAUGAUCAUAAUAAGAUUUACAUGUAAUAGUCCUUCCUCUUCAUUUAGAUUCAUCAUUCAUGUGAAUGUCAAAACUCAAAAGCUUAGCUACCCAUUUUCCUAAUAUGAAUAGUAAUAGAUUCUGUUUGUAUUUUAA